AUCCCACGCGUCAAAAAGGCCGACCACAGCGAAUCCUUUAAUCAACAACAAGAGCUUUCCAAAGCAGACCUGCUAUUAGUAGAAAUUAUGGCCACGCAGCAGAGAUCCAUAGACACUUACAUCAAGUCUGCCUAUACCCAGUCAGGAAGAUGGGCAAAGCAGACACAGUUCAAGGCUGAGGUCAUACAGUAUUGUCGUGGAAUCCAGUCCUCUAAUGUAGCCAGCUCAAUGAUGAUGUCUUCGAAAUCAACAAAAGUAAUUAUCAUUGGUGCUCCUGGCAUAGGAAAAACUUCACUUUUAUUAAGAUAUUGUCAGGACUCUUUUGAAUCUAAUUACAAGUCCACAAUUGGUGUUGAUUUCGAAGUGGAGAAAUGCUCAGUAUUAGGACAGUCACUGACAUUACAACUGUGGGACACUGCUGGAGCUGAGAGAUUUAAAGGAGUGACAACAAGUUAUUUUAGGGGAGCAAAUGUUGUUGUUCUGGUUUUUGAUCUCACUCAACAUGAUGAAACACUAGAAAAGACAAAGGAGUGGCUUCUUGAAGCAAGAGAAAGCUGUGCUAACGAGUUUGAGCUCUUUCUAGUAGGAACAAAAAGGGAUGCAGUGUCAGAGCACAGAUUCGAAUCAAUGAUGCCAACAGUCCUUCAUUACGCAUCAAUGCAUGAUGCUGAAUUAUGGAUAACAUCAGCUAAGACAGGAGACAAUGUAGCAGAGCUGUUUCAAAGGAUUGCCAUCAUAUCAAUGGAGAACUUAGUCAUGAAGGAGCUCUCAAGACUAAGAAAGGAUGAAAUCGCUCGUCAAGUCCAGCUGGAAAAAUCGACGCUAAUAAGAAUAAAAGUUGAAGACAAAUCCUCAUCAAUUGACAGGAGAAGAGAAUGCUGUUUGAGAUAGUUUCUAGUGUUAGUUUUUAUAAUUAUUAUUUUUUUAAAGAAAAGAGACAAUAUCACACUAGCUUUUUAUUAUAUUUUAACACACACACGCACACACUGUCUAUGACCCUCUCACUCUAUAUGAUACUACACUAUUAUAUACUAAUAAAACAAAAAUGUAAAAAUGA